AGCCAGCUGGAUUCAAAACCUUUGACCCUGAGAUGUGUGUGUGUGUGUGUGUGUGUGUGGCUGUUUCAUAUUUCAUAGACGUCAUCACACACACUCUCUUUAACAGCGGCGUCAUCCGACUUCCGGAAGGCUGUCCCCACAGUAGGAAAAGCCGCGUCGCUCAAAAAGGUGCGUUUGUCUCUCGGAGUUAGCCCCGGCUAGCUAAACUGAGACGGCUAAGCUAAGAACGUGCACGCUCGCAGUAAACAAAUAAAAAAUAAAAUAGUUGUCGCGGUCCGUAGUCGUGUGUUCGUGUGAGGUGCACUUCUAACGUGUUAAACAAACAUGUAGUGCAGCCCACGGCUUCACGCUUUACUCAUUUGUUCUUACAAAGUCCAGUUGCUUUUUUUCUCUCUACGGCAACCCGCAAGGGACAUCUCAUCAAACCAAAACACGCGAGACGGUCUGUUCCACUGGGCUGAAGGAAGAUAGAGCGGCCACACGUUUCGUUAUUGUGCCACUUAUCGUGUGUUUGCCGUGAACAGUCUCCGGCUCCAGUGUACUCUGGGUAUUCACCGGGGUCACACAAAGAUUGAAGGAGAAGCCACAAAAAUAAUGGCGGAACCGUCGCGGAGAUCACUUUAUUCUAUGGAAGAGGCCGUGGAAACGUGUCUCCGGCGGGACAGCGACCACUCUGGGGAUGAAAUAUCCGAGGAAGACAGUGAAAUGUCUUUUGACUCCGAGGCAGAGGAGAUGUUUCUGGAGGGAGGAGACUUCAUUCUGGACAAGCCAUCAUCUUACUCAUAUUGGCAAUGUCCACUGCAGGAAAAGAAGGAAAGUACAUCACUGGAAGAGGAGCCUCAUUCCCCAACUCCCCAAAGAAGUGGGGGGAGGGGGAGAAGCAAGCAAGCCGGGUCGUCAACACCCGAAGAAGGAUGGAACGACAUUGACGUUCCAGACGUCACGCCGCCACAGCCCACCUUCAGACCCAACCGGGCACUAGGACCACAACUCAACCCUACAGCGACGUACACGGCCCUGCAGCUGUUCCAGCGGUUCUUCGCGACGUCCAUCUUGCAACAAAUAGUUCGAAACACAAACGAGUUUGGGGCAGCUCGCCACACGACACCCUCCAACCCGUGGAUCGCCAUGACAUUGGAGGACAUGUUUUCUUUCAUGUCGUUAGUGGUCUACUUUGGCUUGGUGAAGUGCAGUGCGUUCACAGAUUACUGGAGAGGGGGGAAACUGUACAGCAUGCCGUUCCCAAAAAAGGUGAUGACUGGAAAGAAGUUCCUCAGGAUCAGCCGGACACUUCACCUCAGCAGCGUGGCGGCGGAUGCUGCCAACGAACAGAAAAGAGGCACGCCGGCCUUCGAUCGACUCGCCAGUAUAAAACCUCUCUACGAGGAGAUACGGGAAGCCUGCAGACGUCACUUUCACCCCGGCCAAGACAUUUCCAUCGGCGAGCGAAUGGUUGCCUCCAAAGCCCACAUGGCUUUCAAGCAAUAUAUGAAAAACAAGCCUGUUCCCUGGGGAUAUAAACUUUUUGUUCUGGCGGACUCCAGGAAUGGCUACACCUGGGAUUUCUUUACAUACGAGGGCAAGUUACAGGGAAAGACUGGCAACGGACUGAGUUAUAAUUCAGUGAUGGAGCUAAUUGACACGCAGUUGCUGGGCACUGGCUACAAGCUCUACGUGGACAAUUUUUACACCAGCCCGACCCUUUUCACUGACCUCCUCCAGAUGAAGAUCUGGGCGUGCGGACCCGUCCGCACAAACAGAAUCGGAUUCCCCAAAACCAAUGAGAACCGUCUGGUCCCUGAAUCGGCCCGUGGCAGCAUUCGGUGGAUCAGGAAGGACUCCCUCCUCUUCGUCCAGUGGCGAGACACAAAGGACGUCUUCAUGUGUUCGACGUUCCACACGGCGCACGCCAAGGACUCUAUUCCAAGGAGGCUCAAAGAUGCAGCUGGGCACUGGGCCGUGACGGACAUCCCAAUUCCACCAGCGGUGAAGGAGUACAACCGGUGCAUGGGUGGAGUGGACCUAUCCAACUCCUUGAUAGGGUAUUACAAAGUCCUCCACAAGACCAUGAAAUGGUACAAAACGUUUUUCUACCAUUUCAUGGACAUCGCCAUUGUAAACGCCUUCCUGCUCCACAAAGACGUCGCGAAAGGCAAUGGGGAAGUUCCGAUGAGCCAGAAGGCGUUCAGAGAGACCCUCGCCGAGCAGCUGGCGGAGGCGGGGUCUCCCUCCACGGCCACCCCAGCACCACCUCCUGCUCCACACGGGCCACAUCACAAACCGGUGUACAUCACUGGGUCCAGCACCGCCGGUCGGCUCAAGUGCCAUCAGUGCCAUAAAAAAACGCCCCUGAAGUGCUCCUCUUGUGAUGUGGCGUUGUGUCUGAUCCCAACGAGGGACUGCUACAACGAAUGGCACACUGCCAAUGACAUGUAA